AAUGGCCGUGCGAUUCUCGGACCUCGAACCUAUUCGCAAAGCACCUCCCUGCUUUUUCAAGGCUUUUUGAUUGUUCUAGGCAACCAGUAAGAUUGUGAUAGUCACUCAUUUAGCCCCACGUGUGUUGUUUAUAUAUUACUAUUAGUUAGUCAUAAUAAUAUCUUAAGAACAGUUUAUGGUCAUUUUUAUCAGGGCAAAAAUGGGUGGCUUUAAGAUAUAUGAGAAGGCCCACACUCGCGGUUUAACUUCUUAGCCCUUGCCCUUAGUGUUCUCAUUUCAUUCAUAACAAUGAUUAAGUAUUAAGACGAAAUCUUUCUUUCAGACAUUCUUCUAGUUUUUCCGUUUCGUGUUAUGACGAACAAAUCAAGUCUAGCACUAACUACUAACAGCGUUUUUGAAGUGUAUUAAAAUUUUAAAACAAUUGCAGUUGAAGGCAUUCUCGUUGAUUUAAAUUUAAAACAUUUCAAUUAAAUGGCCAUCUAGUUUCUUCUUCUUCUAUAUCUUAAGGGCCCAAGAUCAAUUUAUUGAUCAUUUUGGCUCCUAUGCAUGUAGAUGGGAUUUGCAAUGUUUCUGUUACUGGUGGUGAUGAGGAAAUUAUGCACUAGGGGUUUGAAGGCUUGAGGCAAUAGACACAAAUGUGUCUACUCAAGACACAUAGUAUUCUAGGCCUUAGCAUUGGCUUUGAAAUGAAUAUAAAAAAAUUACAUUGGCCUAAGCCUAAGUUAAUGCAUGUAUAGUAUAAAGCCUUUAUUAAAGGCAUUGAAGGCGAAGGGAAUAGAAUAGAUUGUAACCUAAAAUAUUAUAGGACUAUGUGAAUCUGAAUACAGUGAAUAGGCAUAACAAAUUUUAUUAAUAAUGGCCCACUGAUUACCAAAACUACUAGUAGUACUAGACUUAGACUAAUAUGAACAUUGCAUAGGUCGGCAUAGGAUAGAUUAUUAAAAUUAUUUAUUUAUUUUUAUAUAAUAUAUAUAGUUGGGCUAUUUUCUAAACUAAAUGGUGAAAUAAAAGUUAAAGUUAAAACUAACAGUAACAGAUUUACAAAUACAUUGACUGAAAUGAAGAGAUACAUGGACUGAAGAAUAAGAAGAGCAGAAGAGUGAAGUUAAUUUGGAACCUCUACUGAAGUCUACUCUGUUGCUGAGUCUCUAGUUACACCAAAUCUGGCUAGUUACUUGAUUUGUAUCAGUUUGUACAUAGAAAUAAAUACUAAAUUUAAAUACAUCAUAAAAGUAAGUAGGGUCUGCCUAUAUUUAUACACUUAGAAACAAGUCUACCUUGUGAGGUACCAAAUUUUUGGACAAAAACUAUGUAAAGGAGAGAGGAAAGAAGAGAUUUGAACAAAAUUGUAAAAACCAAACAGGAAAGAGACAUGACAUCUAGGUAAAAUUGUGGAUUUGGUUCAUCCCAUAUGGAGACAACGCACCAAAUCUUGUUAUUAAUUUAUUCUCCAUGUAGAUUCUAUCUCUUGUGUAACUAGUAUACAGUAUACCAGUAACUGCGAUGUCUGAGAUACCAUCAUGGUUAGGGCUAUUGAAAUGUUUGGAGACUGGACAUAGAGCUUGUUUAUUUUGAGUGAAAUUUAUAAAGAAAAAUACAAAUAACUCACCAUUAUAAAUUAUGAUAAAUCACGUUUUUUGUAAAUGUAAAUAUUUAUUUUAAUGUUUACUUUGUGUGUGUGUGUGUCUUGAUUUAGGGAUAAUGCUUAGUUUGAUAUAAAGCCUCCGAAAUAAAACAGUGUAAGAAUUGUUCCAUUUUCAUUUAUGAAAUUAAAUUGAAUUUAUUACAUUUAUAAAUGUUUCAUUUUAAUCUUGCACAGAUAAAUCUAUCCUGCUUUUACCCUAAAUUUAUCUGAAUGAGUUUUAUUUAUAUUAUUUCAAUAAUUUAUUUUAUGGAUUAUUAUUUAGGCCUUUAUUAUUAUGGCAAUUACUAAUAAGUGGUUCUUCUCACAGUUAUCAACGGCUUACUAUAAUCUUUUUGGAUGUGCAGUCCCGAAUGCUGCAUCCAUGGAUUUGCAAACAUCUGUUAUGAAUUUUGACCCCUCCAAUCAAGCUAUGAGCCAAUAUGUCCAGACUCAAAAUGCUUUACAGAACUUUCAAAUUCCACUUCAGCAGCUGCAACAAGGGCAAGGACAAAUUCAGCUUCAAGGACAGGUGCGAAUAAAAAGUUUACUUGACUUUGAGCAGAGAAAUGUUAAUAAAAAACUUUUUUCGGUGCUUAUAAUAUUUAAUAGCCAGCUAUAUGGAACAUAUAUCUUAAAAAUAUGUAUCUUCGGAAACACUUUGAUUCUAUGAAAAUAUAUACAUAAUUUGAAGUAUUUAUACAAUCGAACCCCUGAUAAUGCACCUCAUCAAGUAUGGUGAGAUCAUAUUUGAAUUUUAUUCUAUCUUUGCAUAGUCAUAGUAUCUGAAAUCAGUUGCAAGUAAACAAUGUUAUUUGAAAAGUAAAUAAAUAGCAGAACAAGCUAUGUUUGGGUUUGAAAAUAAAAAACUAUUAAGCAUAUGUUUCGGCUAGAUACCUUCUUCAGCAGAAAAGACAAUAUAAUAAACAACAGAUCAUUAUAAAUUAAAAAAUAAAAAUUUUGUUUUUGAAGAUCUCAAUAAAGUCAAGAAGCUCAAUGUUGAGAAUAGGAAGUGCUCUGUUAUUGUUAGAAAUGGGAGUUGAUUUGCUCUAAACCAAAACGAGCAUCCCAAAUUAUUCUGUGGUGCCCACUAUCACAAUUAUUUAAUUUAUAUAUUGUUUAAUGUAAAUUUUGAUUAACACCAUUAUGGUGAAGAAAAUCUGAAUUAAUUAGUUUUCAUUCUACACUAGCUGGUGUUUUGGUGCAAGAAAUUAGAGCUGUGGUGGAUAAAUUUGAUGUGCCCUUGUGUUCCCCUCUGUUGAAAUGUGAUGAGACUGAGGAUGGCUUGUUUUGUUCACUAUCCCAAAGAUGUUCACUGAACUAUCAGAUAGCCUUAUUCCUAUCUCACCUAUAUAAAAAAAACGGCAUCUUCAGCAAUCACAUAGAUCUAUUUUAACUAAAACAUGUGAAACCCUCUUUGAUGGUAAAGGUCCCCUAGGGGAAGCCAACUUGUCUAGUUUCUAGAAAGCAAGUCCUAAAAACAAGAGUGAAGAAUGAAAACAAAUUAAUUCAGAUUUUCUGCACCAUAUGGAAAUUGUCAAAUACUUACUUACUAAUGAUCCUCUAUUUUCCUCCAUUUAUAUUCUCAAUUUUUGCUGUUAAAAAUCUAACAAUAUUAAAACCUAAAUUAUUUUACUGUGAUGGUACGCACAACAGAAUAAUGUGGGUUGCACGUUAUGGUUUUGAAUAACGCAACUUCCGUUUUUAACAAUACACCACAGAGAAUUUCUUUUUCUGAACACCGCGCAUUGAACACAUUGACAUUAUUGAGAUUAUCAAAAACAUAAGUUAUAUUUAUUAAUUUAAAUUUAUCUAUUGUUUAUUGUAUUGUCUACUAAAGAAAGCAUCUAGCUGAAACGUCAGCUUAAUUGUCUUGUCUUUUAUUUGCAGGCAUAUACAUACUUUGUUCCACUAUUUAUUUACUUUCAUGGCUUGAAUAUUGAAUGCACUCUCUCAUAUAUUAUCCUGUAAAUUGAAAAGGUAUGAAAUUGUGCAUGUAUUUAGUUUGCUCAUAUUUUUUUUUUAGCCAAAUGGCAUUUUUCCUGCUUUAAAAAAAAAAUCAUGUUAUUCACACAGAAUCAAGAUUCUUGUUAGACAGUAUGGUAUGUGUAUAUCGGUAGGCAUCUCAGGUACUUGAGGUCAUAUAAGUACUUAAGUAAACAUGAUGCAAAAAGCCACAUUAACAUGACUCUGCUAUUUACGUGAUUUGAUUUUAUGGACCCCAAAUCACAAUUAUAGUCAUAAGGCUACGUUUCACUGUAUUCUUCUUCUUCUAUAUCUUAAGGGCCCACGAUCAAUUUAUUGAUCAUUUUGGCUCCUAUGCAUGUAGAUGGGAUUUGCAAUGUUUCUGUUACUGGUGUUGAUGAGGAAAUCAUGCACUAGGGGUUUAAAGGCUUGAGGCAAUUCCCUGAUAUGUUUUCUCUAGACUCCCAAGUGAUCAUCACAAUACAAUUUUAAAAAGAGUAAUUGCUUUUUCUGUCCUAAUUUCAAAUUUUCAAUAACCUUUUUAUCCACAGCAGUUACCUCUGCUUCAACUCGGCCAGGGAGGGCAGUUUUUGAUAAACCAGCAACAAUUACUACAACAGCUAGGUCAAGGUCAGACUAUUCAGCUCCAAGGACAGGGUCAAAAUAUACAAAUCUCAGCUCAACAAGGGCAGUCUAUUCAACUUCCACAACAUUUACAACAUCUACAACUUCAUAAUCAACAAGGUCAACCUAUACAAAUUCAGGGCCAGAAUGGUCAGACUCUCCAGAUUCAAGGUCAGAAUGGUCAAACAAUACAACUGCAAGGGCAGAAUGGUCAGACAAUACAGCUGCAAGGACAGAAUGGUCAGCAUAUUCAACUCCAGACUCAGUCUGGACAGCCUAUUCAGCUUCAAGGUCAAAAUGGCCAAUCAAUACAUAUUCAUGGGCAGCAUGGACAACAUAUACAAGUUCAAGGACAGAAUGCUCAACAAAUCCAACUUCAGGGUCAAAAUGGCCAACCGAUUCAAAUUCAAACUCAAAAUGGUCAAACAAUACAACUACAAGGACCUAAUGGUCAAAUCAUGCAGCUUCCAAAUGGACAGCAGAUUCAAAUUCAGGGUCAUCAAGCACUUCAGCUACAAAAUCAUCAGCUCCAGGGCCAGGCACAGCAAUUUCAGCUUCAAAACCAACUGGGCCAGGUUCUACAGUUACAAGGGCAACAGCUGCAAGCAUUCCAAUUGCCAGGUCAACAGUUACAAAUGAUGUCUUUGCAGGGACAGCCCUGUCAAGUUGUGCAUGUCCAGGGUCCUAAUGGACAAAUCAUGCAACAAGUGGUGAGUGUGCAACUCUUAAUUUAAAUUUAAAUUCUAAAAUGCCUGUUAUCCACUUUAAUAGAUAUUUAUCAUGUAUGACUAUAUACCCCCCCCACACCCCACACACACACACACACAUCCACCAAUUAUUUCAUGCAUUCCCUCCAACCACCUAUAACCAUCUCCCCAACCCGAAGGCCUUUCCUUCACUUCUCAUCCUCCUGCCCAUCUUAACCACACUUAUUGCAGUAACAAAACCCCAAAGCCGUUGCAUGGAUCCUGAAAAUCCUUUAUGGGGCACAAAGAUGUGAUGUGGGGGAAAAUUCAGUUUUGCGCCUCUUGCAUUAAGAGUUGAUUCUUUAAAACCGGGGAUCUCCAACAGUCAUGAGAUUUCUCUGCUAAAACCCAAUGACUAUUUAAUGUACCGGGUACCGAAGAUCUUCAACUUUAUGUUGAUACUAUAUUUUUCUUUUUCUCUGUUACCUAAUUUGAAUUGAUCAGAGAAUUCUGUAAGUUCCAUGACACACCACAUGUUUUUUUAUACAAAUAUAUAAAUAUAUACUGUUUUGGUUGACAAGCAGUUUCCAAGGAAAUGAUAAUUAAGUAAUAGUAAUAUUGUAUGGAUUUUAUUAUGGCCUGCUAAUUUUUUAUAAAAUGCCCAAAAAUACCUUUUAGGCCUAUUUUUAUUCAUUUAUACAAUAAAAUUGCAACACACCUGUGAGCCUUGGCAACAAACUGGCUGAAAACUGGGGGUUAUACAAAUGACGGAAAAAAGAAAGAUGCCCUAAACAUUCUUUACUUUGGUCAAUAAUGCUGCUAACAGCCCAACAUUUUACUUUUUUAUUUUAUCACAAGUCAAUAAAUACAGCUGUCAUCAUGGCUUUGUAACCAUAACUACUUGCAUAUUUCCACUUAAUUAUCUGUGCCUUUAUAUUUCACGAUUUUAGGUUCCCUUAAUGUUAGGGGCAGAUCAGCUUGGAGGACUCAUGAAUCCAUUACAGCAGGUGAGGUUUACUUCGUAAUGAAAUACAUACAUUUUUUAAUUAAUUAUAGUUAUUUUCAUGGUACAUGGUUUGCACACAAUUUUUUAAAUUUGCAGAAGCUUAAUUAAAAUUCAAUUUGCCUUAUUAAAAUUCAGUCUGCCUUGGUAACCCAGGAUUUAGUGUUUAUUUUAAUUUUUAGAUUUGUUUUACUGUUGUUUGUUCAGUGACAAAGGCGGCUUGACGUGUUCAGUUUUUUUGUUGCAUCCUUUUAAGGUUUGCCCAUACCAUGUUUCACUUAUUUCCUUCUACCUAACCUGAAAGGCAGUUUCUCCCCUUUAUUAUCAUUAAUGUGCUACAAUUUUUUUUUUUCUUUUCUUUUUAAAGAUGUUUUUACAAGCACAGAACCAAGCUCCUAUGGUUGGUCAGUUUGUCCAGACUGAAAGUGGUCCUGUCUGGCAACCCACUAGUAUGUUUGGAGCAAUGGAUAACAAUACUGGUUCCAUCCAGUUCCCACAAGCCACAGGUAUCUAAGAUGUUUGCAAUAAACCUUUGCCUUAAAUUAUAUCUUAAAAUAAUUUUAUAUAUAUAUAUAUAUAUAUAUAUAUAUAUAUCGCAUCCUUCCGUCUUCGCAAGACGAUGGAGUAGCUUAUGUACACUUCAAAGAGUGGCUCUCUAGGCCAAUCCUGGAAUGGCAAUCUUGACUUCAUUUCUUGCAGAACAUUGACUCCUGAUUAGGUUUGGCCUUCCAUAUUGUUUUUUGUUGUAAAGGAUUUGUUUUGCGCAUCUUCUUUUUGACUCCUUCAUACACUGCUGUUCGCCAGCUGGAAUGUUGUUCGGCAAUGAUUUCCCAUUCAUUAAUUUCAAUGUUGCCUUACCUCAUGCUCCUUUUGCAAGCAUCCAUAAAUCUCAGGUGUGGCCGUCCCAUAUUGAUGGUAUAAAUAGUAAUUAUUAUGAUGAAUAUUUUAUUUAUACUAUCAAUAUUGGACGGCCAUAUAUAUAUAUAUAUAUAUAUAUNUAUAUAUAUAUAUAUAUAUAUAUAUAUAUAUAUAUAUAUAUAUAUAUAUAUAUAUAUAUAUAUAUACCGGUAUAUAAGAUGUUUUUUUCUUUACUGUUCAAGGCAUAGGAAAAACAGCUUUGUCAAUUUCUUAUUAAAAUUAUUGCUACUUAUUUAACCAUUUUGACAACUUUAUUUUAAAUAUGAUCAAUGAAUUCAAAAUAUUGGCCCUUCAAGAAAAUGUUUCCAUAAGGAUUUGAGAUAUUUUUCUGUGUUUAUUAUGAUGAAUAUUUUAUUUAUACUAUCAAUCUAUAAUAUUAAAUCAUAAGUUCCAAUCCUUCUUCAGUUUGAACAUUUUCCCACCCUUAUAGUUAGAUAUUGCUGAAAUGCCUAGAAGAGUAAUAGAUGUUUGAUUUGUCAGUUUUCUAUGGUAUUGUGUGAAAAAUGAAUACAGGUACUUUUUUUUGUUGUUGUAGUAAAUAUUAUACAGAUUUUGUGGGGUUUGAACAGCUAUAAUCUUUCUUUCUAUUAGUGAUAAGCCAAAAUCAGGCUAUUGACAACACACCCUCCCAAGAAAUGCCCACUAACACUGUUGUAGACACGAGUACUGAACAUGACAACAAUGAAUCACAACAGUCCACUUUAGUUCAUGGAGAUUCUUUGGUAAGCCAUUUACCGAUCAUCCUUUAUUUAUAGCAGUAGAUUUUAUAAUGAGCACUAAGGAUGAGUUUAAUCUUUAGGCUUUGAAUUUGAACCUAAGCAUUCUUCUAGUCUAGCAUGGUGUUUUGUUCCUUCUACUUUUUUGUGUUUGUUUCACUUGUCAUCUUUUAAUUCAUUGCUGUAAUAAAUUAAUAGGAAAGACUGCCUGACUCAAAAUGAAAUUUCUUUUUGUGAGAAACUAAUUGUUCCUAUGUCAAUUUAUUUUCUAUAGACUACAUACAAUCACUCUUUAAAAAAGUUUUUAAAAAAACAAUAAAAGUUCAAAGCCUUCAUUAAAAAAAAAUUCUGACAAUCCUUAUGCUGUUGCUGCUUUCAGUCAUCUAUACCGGGAUCUACCAACACCACAACAACAGCAACCACAACGCAGCCAACAGGCAGAAUACAAAUUGCUGCAGAAGAUCCUGAAGAUGAGACCACACAACCUCUUUAUGUCAAUGCCAAACAGUAUCAUCGCAUUUUAAAAAGGAGAGAGGCUAGGGCCAAGCUGGAAAGCACUGGAAAAGUGAUUCGGAAACGUAAGGUCAGUGAUGAGAAUCACUGUUCUAAACCUUUUCAUGGUUUGUACAGCUGUUGUUCUGUUUUUUUUAAUUCUGUCUAGUUUUUAUGAUUUUUUUUUUUUUUUUGGAAUACACAUUUUUUUUUUUAAAAUUUUUUUUUUUAAAAAUCAUUCUGCUGUAAAUUUCUUUUUUAAAAAUUUAAAAAAAAAUUUUUUUUUUAUUCUGUCUAGUUUUUAUGAUUUUUUUUUUUUUUUUGGAAUACACAUUUUUGUUUCUAAAAUUAUUUUUUUUAAAAAUCAUGCUGCAGUGAAUUUCUUUUAUAAAAAUUUAAAAAAAAAUGAUAAUCAAGUUUUAAACAUUUUUAUUGAUACAAUUUAAUUCUUCCCAUGCCAGGGGGUUUUCCACGAUUGUGCCCAAUCGGUUUUCGGCCAAUGGAAAUAUUUUAGGGUGCGCUUAUCAAUUAAGGAAUUUUGAAUGGAUUUUUUUUUUUUAGCAAGAUGGUUGUAUUUGAUAUCAAAUUAAAGGAAAAGAAACAGAUUAUAAUAAUAUGUAAAAGAUAAUACUUUUAAAAACUAUUAGACAAUAAUAGUUAAAAUAAGAUCAAAAUUAUUUCUUUUUUUAAAAUCGGCACCAAAUCUGAAUGGAUUAGACUACUAUAUGGUCUGUGUAGCCGAUAUCCUAUUCUGCUUCAAUCCUCAGGAAGUCUAUCCAUUUUUUAUCAGAAUGCAUUUUACAUUUUGAAAAUAUUCCAUUUAGUAACAGAGUUACACACAUUUUUGUAACGUUAAUGUCAACCGAAGAAAGCAGUUUCUUUGCAUAUUUUUAUAUCCACACUUGUCAAACACAUUCUUUACAAAAUAUUUUACUUUGGUAAAAAUUUUUGUUAGUUAUCAGACUGUUAUGUUAACGGGAGAAAUGUAAACUGGAUAUUGAUUUUUUUUUUUUUUUUUAAAUUUUAAAUUGCUUUUCCUAAAAUUUAAAUCUCAACUUUUUUUACUUGGCAGGUUUUUUUAAAUGAUGCCCUAAUUUGUUAAUUAAUUCUUAUUUUAAGAAAUUUAAUUUUUAUGCUUAUUUGAAUUUGAGUUUGAACCACUUUAAAUUUCACCAUUAACUUUAUUUACCAGUUACAUAAUGUGAUCUUCACAUUCAAAUAAAUAUUAAUUGACAUCUGUAGCAGUCUGCAAAUACCAAUAUAAAAGUUGGUCCUCUACUUUUAGAUGUUACCUUUUUUGACGCCAGCUUAACUUGAUCCCACUAGACAUGCAAUGCGAGUAGUUAUUGUAUACAUGAUAUAUAUACUGUAUAUUUAUUUAUUUAGUAAUAAGAUACUAUUGUACAGUUUUGAGACAGUAUUGUACGAUUUUGGGAAUACAGGGGUAAACAGCUCUGAUAUUUAUAUCUGGAACCGUCUAUCAUAGAAGGUACAACUUAUGUGCAGUGUUUGAAAUAUUUUUAGCAAUAUUUAAUAUUUGAGUAAUAUUUAUAUUUUUUUAUCUAGAAAAUGCUUGAUGCUAAUAUGAAUUUUUAACACCAAUCUUGAAUUUAUUAUAAAAGUUUUUAAAAAAAAAGAAAUAUAUUAAGAAUGGUGAAUUUAGGCUUAAGCUUGUGCCCAUAAUUUUCUCUAAGUCUAUCUGCUUCUAUGUAUCUCUAUGGGUGUAUGCUUAUCUGUGUUUACUCUAGCUUUCAUUUUAUGAUUUUAUGCCUUUAGCAGAUAUUCCCUUGUUUGUAAUUUGUGUCCUUAUCUUCAUGGAUUAAAUCAUUGAAGACAAAGAAAUGAUCCUUUUGAUAUUUUGGUUAUAUUUACCUCCUAAAGCAGUACAGUUUAAAAAAAAAAAAUCAUUGAGGCCAUAUGCCAGGAUUGUCAUGGUUUUGGUUUGCAUGAGAAGUCAUUAAUACCAGUUUACUUAAAGAAAAGUAUUUAUAAUCUGUCUGGCAACAUAGAUUGUAUUUGCUAAAACAUUUUUAAAAAAAUGUUAUUUUGAUUUAUCAAUUUUUAGUAAUUUUUAAUGGUUAAAAUUUCUAAUUUAAUUUUAGGAAGAAUAUUUCAGUUGAAAAUAUGUAGCUCUGUGAUUAGGUAAUGAAUCAAAACAGCAAUAUUUAAAUUUUUUCAACAAACCUCCUAUGACUUAUCUUCUCUUCACUUAAAGUUAGUUACAUCAUUCACAUAAUGAGUUGCUUUGUUAAGUUCAUUCUAUUAUUAGAAGAAUUACAAUAUCAAAAAUUUUCUAGAGAGUCAGACAAGCAGUGUUUUCAAAUGAAAAAAAGUCCAAUAUGUGAUGGUUGAUUUCUGUCUCAAUGUUUAAAAAACCAAAAGGAUCUUGUUUCUUAUAUCUUCUAUUGUUGAAGAUAAUUUUCUAAUCUUUGUUAGGUUGUAGCAAUAGUAUUAUUUUUUCCAUCCAGAAGUAUCUUCACGAGUCACGCCACAAGCACGCCUGUCAGCGGUCACGAGGCAUCGGAGGUAGAUUCUUUUCCAUCAAAGUUGAAAAUGAAGCAGAGUUUGGCCUUAAAGAUGUAUGUAUAAUGCAGCCUUGCAUUUUCAUUCCUUUAAGUUUAUUUAAUUGCUCUUAAUUAAAGAAAAUAAGUCAUUCUUAUAAUUUUUUUAUAAUUUCAGUCGUAAAUGCAAUAUAAAUAAAAAUGAUAGAGCGGUGUGGAUAAAACAUAACCAAAUUUUUUUUCGUCAUGUUUUUUAUUUUUGUCAUCAUCGCACACCCACUAAAGCACCCCACACUAAAAAAUACAAGGUACCAAUGUUGCAGAUGUCAUUCUUAAAAUAAAAUCAAGUUGUUACAGUUAUAAUAUUUAAAUUAAUUUUUAAUGUCACUUUUUAUGUUGGACAUAAUUACUUCUGUGGUUUUUACUCUGGUCCAUGGCUUUCUAUUGUGGCUCGAGCAAAGUUGGGAAAAUGAAAUACUUAAGAUUAACUAAAAUAAUUUACGAGUACUUCUGUGAAGAUAUAAUAAUAAUAAGACGUCUUAUAUAGCGCGGUACCUCAGCCUAGGGCUGGGCUCACCGCGCUGUACAUAAAAAUUUUAUCAAAAGAGAUUAUGAGAUUUGAAUUAUUUGCGGUGGUUAUUACUAGAGAUUUAGUUUAACUUCUCCUCCAGGAUCUUUUGGAUGGCCAUCUUAAUUUUUUUCCUGGCAUAAAACCCUUUUUGAUAGGUACUGGUAUUUAUUUAGUUUCAGUGGAAUCUGUUUUGUAAACUCGUUAUUAAUAAUUACCUUUAUUGCUAAUUAAACACUCUUUUUUUUUUCAACUCAUUGUGCUGCAUAUUAUAUCAGUUGCUUAUUAUUAUAGUUUUAUAUAUUUGUUAAAAAUAUUAGUUACCCCAACAAUUUUACUAAAAAAAUUAAUUUAACUAUUUCUAGGAUAUUGACAGCCUACAUCACAGAAAUUCUGAGCAUUCUCCUCAUAGUAUAGACAAUCAAACCCCAUCACCACCUCAACAAGACAGGGCAGCCACAACAGUUCUCAAUGGACACUUAUGAUUUCCACUGUUUGACCCAUAACCUUUGGCUCGACAUACAAGUCAUGUCCGACCAUCCAUUGUGGACCGGUGAUCUUCAUUUCAAAUUACAACACCACAUCGAAAGAAAACGACAGAGCACCUUGUUGUUCCACCCAUGUACUCCCAAGAAUGGAGAGCUCAAAAUACUCUUCUUGAGUACAAAAUGACCUAGAGAAUUUCUGGAUUGCCAUCUGCUCCAAAAUAAAGUACUGGAUGAACAAUUACUCUAAGAAUACAGCUUUUUGAGUAUCAAGUGCUCAAGGAAUGCGGAUGCCUCUAACCUCUGCGGUUGUCAAUGGAGUAUUUGGGUUAUACCCAGCCACCAGCAAACCUAUAUCUGACUUUAUCAUCUGAGGCCAGCAGGACAAGACUGUGAUCCCAUUAUGUCUUUUAUAAAAUUUAGGAGCUGAUAAUCUCUCCAAAUCUACUCAAUUGUUUGUUUGGAAUAUGUGAACAUGUUGUGAUUGUAGGAUUGUAUACAACUAAUUACAACAAUACAAAUAUUUGAAAAUCUCAUUUAUCGAUAUCAUAUGGGUGAACAUUGAAGAAAUCCAUCACUUGUUUACACUGCCAUGUCAGAAUAUGCUUAAGAAUCUCCCAUCACAAACUUACUUAGGACAUUAAUUAUUUGUGAGACUUUUCAUUUGAUCAAUCAUUGAUAGUAAGUGAUAAGCACAGGAUCCACUGUUCCCUGAGGUCAGAUCCAGUUACGCCUUAAGAUAUUUGGUUUAUUUUUUUUUUAUUGUUUAAAACCAAUAUUUAUCCCUCCCUAUGUUUCCUUGAGAUGGCUAGAUAGAGCUAACACUACUUCACAAAUUACCCAACAGCAUAUCCUUUGCCUCAUUAUUAAGAUAAUCAUUAUUCAUUUUUAAAGUCUUAUUCAUUCACAGUGUGAAGCAGCUUUACUACUUCUGCCAAAGUAUUUUAAAUUACUUUUUAAUAUCAGCAUGUACAGCUACUCAUUUGCUCUAUGGCUUAUUACAAAACGAAUUAUUCUAAUAGAUUUAAAGAAAUAAAACAAUUGCUCUUAUGAAAGCAAGGACAAAAUUAUAUAUUGUAUAAAGCAAAAUUGUUGUCCACAUCAUCUCCUGUAACACCUGAUGGCAAUAGUUUCCUGUUCUGUGUAAGAACUUCCUGAGGGUGUUGGUUUUACUUGUGGUUUAAGAGGUGUUAACUCUCUCUGGCCUUGUUAUCUCACAUUCAUUACUUCUAUAUAAUGUGCAUAUUAUUAUGACUUUAUAACAUGUAAAAAAAAAAGCUAAAUUUCUAAAGCUGGGUAUCAUCAAUAUUAGUUGUGUUGUUAUAAGACAAAGAUUUUCUGCCAUCAAUUUAUACAUUUCAUUUGUCAAAGUUUUUGAUACAUUUGGUUCACUGUACCUGCAAAGUACAUUGCCCUUGCACUGCCGAGAUAAUCUAACAGUAUUAUUCCCCUUUAUUAUUCAUUAUGAUAAAACUUAUUUCCAAAUAAUAUAUUAAAAGAGGAAAAGGCAGAUUAUACAUGAUUGAUCAUAUUUGUGAAUAGUUAAUUUUUUAAAAGCCUAUUUUGCAUUUUAAAAUUUAUGGAGAUUUAAAAUGUAAAAUCAUCAUUGAAAUUAUUUAAUUCAAAUUUGAAAGUCAUCUCAAUACAUGGUAGCCUAUUGUAUUUGUAUUUAAUAGUAUAAAUAAUGUCACCAUUUGGUUUUUAAAAAUGCCAUUGAUAAUAAUCUUAGUAAACUGUUGCACCAAGCUUCAGCUUCACAGUUAUCUUUAUGACAUGGUACCAUUUUACAUUGGAUGAUCAUAUAUUUAGAUUACAUCUGUCAAUUUUUAUGAAACUGUAAAUUCAAACAAUCAACAAAUAGGAUUCUUUAACCUAAAUGGACUAAUACUACCACCUAACCCAUUAGUUCCUUUGUAAGUGCAAGGAGAGUAAUUUAAAAAAUUAAGCAGUUGUCCCCUACCAGUGGGUUGUGAUCCCAUUAUGGGAUUAAAAAUAUUUUCUGGACAUGAGAAAUAGUGGGUUGUGAUCCCAUUAUGGGAUUGAAAAUAUUUUCUGGACACGAUAAAUCUGAAUCAUUGAAAAUUUGUCAGAUUUAUCUGAGUGUUAGACAAUAAGGCAGCGAGUUCCACAUGUGUAUGGUGUCUCUAAUGAAAGUGUUAUGUUAUCAGUUAUUUUAUAACAUUUUUGGAGAACAAGCCUGAUGCUGGGUUAAGUAAAAAAAAAUGGAUUUUUAAUAACUUUAAUUCUGAUCUUGUAAUGGACAACUGGCACAAUUCUCAUUGCUGAAAUUGCUGGCCAGUUCUUUCAUUGAGCAUGUUCCUGGGUUGAUAUGUUCAGCAGAUGUGUGACUGAUGUACAUAUUCAAAAGAUGAGUGUGUUGCAGAAACAUAUGUCAAUGUAUUAACUGUGGUGAGUGUUGGUGACUCACUAGUAAGUGCAAUAUAUGAAUAAUGU